GAAAUCAGAGUUUUCCUCCUAGUUCAGUGCAAAAACUUUGCUUUACCUCCCUGCAGCACUGCCCUGCUCUCCCUUCCCCAGGGAUUCACCAGGGAAAAUGCCUCCCUGGACUAUUUACAGCACUCUCCUUGUGCUGCACCAGAGGAAUUAUCUGCCUCCUCCAGCCCUCAGCUAAUCCCUAAAUUGCAUCUCUGCUGCAAAGCUGAGUUUAUUUUCAUUCCAUCAUCUCGUAGUUUUAAGUAUUACGAGGAAUAAAAUGGACAUGCAAAGUGGUGCUUUAAUUUUCAAGGGCAGUAAAGUGUUUUAUUUUUAGGAUGCUCUUAUUGAGGAAAGAAUCUCUGGCAGGUCUUAUCUGGUGGCUAAUAAUAGUGACCUGGUGUGCCCUGGGUGCUGCUGCCCUGCCCUUCUCAUGCCUCCUGCUUACCCCGGGUGCUUCUGAUCAGCUCAUUAGGGCUGCCAAAAUUACAGGCUCUAAUAAGUUGGUGAACACCAGCUGACAGGGCACAAAGUGGCAGUGAAAAUCCUGAACAGGCAGAAGAUCCGCAGCCUGGACGUGGUGGGCAAGAUCAAACGGGAAAUUCAAAACCUGAAACUCUUCCGGCACCCCCACAUUAUCAAGCUGUACCAGGUCAUCAGCACGCCGACAGACUUCUUCAUGGUCAUGGAGUAUGUGUCUGGCGGGGAAUUGUUUGAUUACAUCUGCAAGCACGGACGUGUGGAGGAGGCAGAGGCUCGCCGCCUUUUCCAGCAGAUCCUCUCUGCAGUGGAUUACUGCCACAGGCACAUGGUGGUGCACAGGGACCUGAAGCCAGAGAACGUGCUGCUGGAUGCCCACAUGAAUGCCAAGAUUGCUGAUUUUGGACUGUCCAACAUGAUGUCAGAUGGUGAAUUUCUACGCACCAGCUGUGGCUCCCCAAAUUAUGCAGCCCCUGAAGUCAUCUCUGGAAGGCUCUAUGCUGGCCCAGAGGUGGACAUCUGGAGCUGUGGUGUCAUCCUCUAUGCCCUCCUGUGUGGCACCCUGCCCUUUGAUGACGAGCACGUCCCCACCCUGUUCAAGAAGAUCCGUGGGGGAGUGUUCUACAUCCCUGAGUACCUCAACCGCUCCGUGGCCACGCUCCUCAUGCACAUGCUGCAGGUGGACCCCCUCAAGAGAGCCACCAUCAAGGACAUCAGGGAGCACGAGUGGUUCAAGGAGGAGCUGCCCAGCUACCUGUUCCCGGAGGACCCUUCCUACGACGCCACGGUGGUGGACGACGACGCGGUGCGCGAGGUGUGCGAGAAGUUCGAGUGCACCGAGUCGGAGGUGAUGAACAGCCUGUACAGCGGCGACCCCCAGGACCAGCUGGCCGUGGCCUACCACCUGGUCAUCGACAACCGCCGCAUCAUGAACCAGGCCAGCGAGUUCUACCUGGCCUCCAGCCCGCCCACGGGCUCCUUCAUGGACGACAGCGCGCUGCACAUCCCGCCGGGCGUCAAGCCGCACCCCGAGCGCAUGCCGCCGCUGGUGGCCGACAGCCCCAAGGCCCGCUGCCCCCUGGACGCCCUCAACACCACCAAGCCGAAGCCCCUGACUGUCAAAAAGGCCAAGUGGCACCUGGGGAUCCGCAGCCAGAGCAAGCCCUACGACAUCAUGGCCGAGGUGUACCGGGCGAUGAAGCAGCUGGACUUUGAGUGGAAGGUGGUGAACGCCUACCACCUGCGGGUGCGCCGCAAGAACCCCGUCACCGGCAACUACGUGAAGAUGAGCCUGCAGCUCUACCAGGUGGACAACCGCAGCUACCUGCUGGACUUCAAAAGCAUCGAUGACGAGGUGAUGGAGCAGAGGUCUGGCUCCUCCACGCCGCAGCGCUCCUGCUCAGCCGCGGGCCUGCACCGGCCGCGCCUCAGCAUCGACGCGGCCGGCGAGUGCCAGUCGCUGACGGGCUCCCUCAGCGGCUCCUUCGUGGGCAGCAUCCCCUCGGUGCCCCCGCGCCUGGGCAGCCACACCAUGGACUUCUUCGAGAUGUGUGCCAGCCUCAUCAUGGCCCUGGCCCGCUGAGGGGCUGCUCUGAGGAUCUGCGCCCACUCGUCCGCCCCUCCUCUCUCCUGCUUCCUCGUUCUUCCUCCUCCUCCUCUCGCCCGUGGCACAGAGCCAAGCCCAGACCCAAAAUGCGCCCCCCUCUAGCAAGGCACCAAGGAAAUCGACUUCGUUUCUCUCCUUGUGCCUGGUGAAAUGUAUCUAAUGCCCUCUUUUUUUUUAAUUUCUCUGUGAACCCCGUGGAUAAUGUUGAGGCUGUAAAGUAAGGAAGGUAUCACUGAAUUUUUGGAAAACCCCCUCCCUCCUGGUUCAUCCUGAGGUGAUGGAGGCAUAGCCAAGCUUGAUGUUUUCCCUGAUGCUGUGCAGAGCAGGGGCAGGAUGGGCUGAGCCAGGGCAGAGGGGUUGACCAGGAGCUCUGUGAAAUGGAGUGGAGGGUGAGGAGGCAGCUCUGCAGUGUUCACACCCAGGCCUGUCCAACACUUUUCUCCCCAAAGCAGCAGCUGCUCGGAUGCUCCUGCACUAGUGCAAUAUGACCUCCCUCCCCUCUCCUUUUCCCUCUGCUAAAGGUGGGGAGGGAAGGUGGGAUGUGCAAAGCUCCUGGUGCACACCUCCUCCGUGGGGAGGCCUCCCCGUGUGCAGCCUUUCAGAGGUGUCCUUAAGGUGCUUUAUUUCCUCCCAGAGCUCCGGGCAGCACGCACCCGCUCGGAGCUGAAGGCAGAUUGCCUUUUCCCCAGCCCUUCAUCGCCACCUCCCUCCUCUGCCUCACCAGGGGCUCAAUCCCAAGCAGGGUUCAGGUGAGCAGAGGAUCUGGAUCACCCCCCUGAAACCCCAGAACUUCCCCUGAGGGUUGGGAUCCCCCCCAGACGGGCAGGAGCCGCCAGCAGCGCACAGCUCCGGAGCACUCACCUCUCACCUUUCCCCUAGGAGGCUCUGCCUGCUGUCACCACCCCAAAAUCACUGCCAAACCUGCCUUCCCUGCUGCUGGACACUCCCUGCCCCUGCCCAAGGGCUCUCCCGUCCUGCUGCUGCCCUCUGGACCGUGACCUUCGCCACGCCGCUGACCAGGCAGGCACAUCCCAACUUGGAAUUUUACUGUUUCUUUGCUACUGGCUAUCUGAAGGAUGGGAUUUUAUUUUUUAAGAUGAACCGUGGGGAUUUUUAAGGUUAAAUUCUUGUUACCCAAGGGUAAACCCUUAAUGCAUGUGUGACUUCUUUGUUUAAAAGGGUUAUUAUUUUUUAUUACACGGGGUUAAUCUAAUGGGCAGCGUUGGCAUCUCCUUGGCUUUUACACGGUAUUUAAUUCCAUUUACUUGAUUAUGAAGUAAUAAUCUAAUCAAGUAACAAAUGCUUUAUGAAAGCUUUGCCAAAAAAAUCCUGGGGGGGGGGGGAGUUGGGUUUGUUCUGGGGUUUUUUUGGUGUUCUGUUUUUAAGAAACAAAGCAAAGAAUUUCUGCUGGUCCCAGUUAUGCAGUCAUUCAACUUGAAAAAAAAUUUAAUCUGUCUUUUUGAUAGCUUCUUAUGACCCCUUGAGGAUUUUUCCUAGGUUGUUUUUUUUUGUACCGUUGCACUUUAAUUUAUAUUUUCUGAAAGUUUAUAUGAGAAGCAAGGAAAAGAACAACACAUUAAGCCUUUUUUACUGAUCGUUUAAGGUAAUCAAGACAAACACAGGAUAUUUUUGCCAUCUACUGGCAGUUAAAUGGACUUUUCAGCUUGAAGUCCUUUUUUUUUAAAAAAAGAACCACAAAAUUGCCUUACUUUUGUUACAGAUUGUGCUUGGAUCCUCACUAAUGUGACUUUACAGCUCCAAUUUUUCCAGAAGACGCACAAAGUAGAAAGCUUCCAAAAAAAAAGGAAAAAAAAAAAGAAAAAAAAAAAUCAGUUUUGCUGUUAAAAUCCAACACAGCAGUGAUUGGACUGUAAGCCCACAGCAGAACAGCUCUGUUUUUAAAAGAAAUACUGGAAAUACUUGUAGUGCUCCUAGGUUUUGUAAUGAGCCUUUUAUUAUAUUAUGCUUACUAAACAAAUACUCUGAGGUGGAGGAUGGCUUUGGUGCUGUGCCUGGUGGCUGCCAGGUGAUUUGUGUUCCCAGUGCUGUGUUGUGAGUUUGGAUGGAGAAUCCAAACUCCUGCAUGCAAAAAAAAAAACAAAACAAAAACCAAACCCCACCCCAGAGUCAAAGCUGAGGAGCACCCAGCCCUUCAGCAGCUUUUGGAUCAAGGCUGAGGUGAGCAAAGAGCCCUGAAUGCUUUGGGGUGAUGGAGAUAAAUCCCUUUGCAAAGGAGCAGGAGCAGCUGGAGGGACAGGCAUUCAUUUCCAUCCAGAAAACAGCAGCGAGUGAAGUGUGUUUGAAAUGUUAAAGGCUUUUCAAAUCUUCACUCCCAGCUGAGCAUCUUGCCAAAACCCUGGCAGCACCUGUAGCCCCCUUGGUAAGAGGCUGGUGUGUUACAAUCUGAGGCUCAGGAGCAGGAAGAUGUACUGAUGUCUUUUUUUAAAUUGACUCUUGUCCUCUGGGAUUUCCUACCCAGCAGAACUAACAGUAUUAGGCAGCAGCAAAUGCCCUUGGGAGGAAAUAUUUGCUUCCUGGAGGCGGGUGGGAUUUCUGGGUUGUAGAAUAAGCCCCUUGUGGCACUUGGCAUCCUCUCAGACCUGUGCAAGCGUUAACUGCUGUGUGGAUCUGCAAAACCUGUCCUGCCUGGAGGGCAGUCAGAGUUAACUCAGCUUUCCAUAUGGAGAGGCACAAAGAGAUGAAGCCCUUCCCUGCUCAGGGUCAGCAGAGGCAGUGGAGGGAGCAGGAUGGGUGGAAGCACCUCCUCAGUGACCUCAGGUCCAUCACAGCCUUACCCAAAUCCGUGCUGCACUUUGAAAUGCUCUGAGGAUUUUCACUUCUUUUUAUUAAUUUAUUUUACCUUCCAACAGGCUGUGUUCUGUUUCCCAGCUGCAGAGGAGCUGCUGACCUCCAGUUAUAUUUUCCAGAGGAAGAGUUUAUAACUUUCACACUGUUACACUGUGGUCAGCUCGUUUUUGAGUUUUGCUGGUACAUGCACAAGCGUCGGGAAAAGCAGGGUAGACAAUAUUUGAACUACAGAAACUUGAAUUUACUCCAAGUGCAAUUUUUCAGAAGCCACUGGACAGCUGUGCUUUGCAAGCCACAAACUCACCCAAAUUUUGCUUCAGCCCGAGUGGGAGAGAGACAAAAUGCAAAGGAUAAAGAGUUCAGAUAGGCUCCAUCAGAAACCUCCAGCUCCUGGAUGAGUUAAUUCAGAAAUACCUUGUGCUGUUCUUGUUGGAAGCUAUAUAUAUGUAAUUGUUAUAUAUGCAUACAUGCAUAUAUAUAAAAUGUAAGUGGCAUCCCUGUCGUUGGCCUCUCAGUUUAUUCUUCCAGGAAGGCAGGUGUGUGCCCUGGACACUGCCACCACUCAGUAAUCCCAGCCUCUGAGAGGACCUGGCCAAAGGGGAUGCUGUUUUUACACCCUCUUUUAACUGUAAAGCCCAUGAGUAGCUUAGCUGACCCCAUCAGGCUCAGCAUGGCCUUGGCCAGGGGUGGCAGGGGAGGUGACAUCAGGAGCUGUGAGAAUCCUGCCCUUCCACCCCCUGGCCAAAGCUGUGGUGCCAAUGGAGUUUGGGGCAGGUUUAUCUUCAGGAGCUGGAGCUGAGCAGGUAAAGGCAGCAGGAUAUUUUUUUUCCCCCUUUAACAGGUCAGAAAUGCAUCUUCAGCUGUGUGUCCAGUUUAGCAUUUCACGAGGUGUGUACAAGCACGGGGGAAUAUAUGGGCAGCGUUGUAAAAACUGGUUAGUGUGUGUUACGUGUACAGUUCUGUGUGUGACUAUAGUGGCAUUCGUGUUGGAAUAGAUGAGGUUUGAACAAAAUAACCCUUCUGUCUACCCCUUUUCAUUUCACUGCUCCUCACUGUCAGCGUGCCCCCCUGCAGGAGGAGGAGGGAG